GUCAGCUCUGGUCGUCCGCGCCGGAGCGCAUGAACGCAGGCAGCGCGGCGCACGAGGACCGCGCGCCCGGGCUCGCUCCAGAAGGAGGCGCGCCUCCCGCCACCGCCGCCACAAUCAGAACCCCUCACACCUGAGGAGGAGCGCAGGAGCUGAGGCGGGUCCGUUCUGCCACGCCGCGCGGAGCCGGUGGGACCGGGACGGGGUUCCGGAUCGAGCUGGGAGGCGAGGUUACCGUUAGCGCACGCCGCUAUCGCUCCACGAAGAAGGCAGAAGCUCCUCAUCAUCAGCUGAGAGUACGAUCAGUAAUCCGAAAGUCACUUCAAAGAUUCCCAGCUAACUUUGCCUGCCGUGGACACGGUUACCAGGAGAGGAUCACACCUGAGGCGUCUGCUUCCCACCCCCCUCCUGGAAGCUGAUGCUUCUGAUUCAACAGCAGGAAUGAAAUCAACAGGUGAAUCAUUGCAUAGCAGAUGACUUAUCAGUCAGUGACUUGGCAGAGUCAACAACAGCGGACCAGCAGAAGGCAGCAGGAUUCUGCAAAGAGACUGGCUCUCACAGAGGACGUCCAUGGAGGAGUGAUGGCAGCAUGUUCUCAGAGGAGCUUCUUCCUUCCUGUCGUCCGCUCUCCUGACUAUGGGGGGGUUGUCUGCUGAGCUCCGAAGCUGAUUCUUGACUGGAGAGGAUGUCUCCACUCAGUCAGAACAAAUUCUUGGCUUUUUUUCUCCUCUGCUGCGCCCUCACCUGCACGACUCUGCUGUUCAGCUUCACCUUCAGCGACCCCCCCUUUCAUUUCCUCAAGUAUGCUUCUCGCAUUUCUGGCAGCUUUUUCUCCAAAGACAUCUGUGCAUGUGAUACGUGCAUGGCAGAUGUGGGGGGCGACGCUUGGUUGGCUGACCGCUUCAAUCAGUCCAUUCUCCCUCUGAUGACCCGGGACAACAGCGCCCUCUCUGAUGACACCUACAGGUGGUGGCAGUGGCUGCAGAGGGAGGGGAACCCAGCGAACUACACCAGGGUGGUGGAGGAGCUGUUCCGACUCAUCCCAGAUGAGGGGGGUUUCAUGGACGCUGGCCCGCAGCGCUGUAGGACGUGCUCCGUGGUGGGGAACUCCGGGAACCUGAAGGGGUCCAGCUAUGGGAAGCUGAUCGACACCAGUGACCUGGUCAUACGGAUGAACAAGGCGCCCACCAAAGGCUUUGAGAAGGACGUCGGAGCCAGAACGACGCACCAUGUCAUGUACCCAGAAAGUGCGAUAGAUCUGAGCAACACCACCAGUCUGGUGCUGGUCCCCUUCAAGACUCUGGACCUGCAGUGGAUGAUUAGUGCCCUGACCACCGGCACUAUUAGAGGAACAUACAUGCCUGUGAAGGCCUGGAUUAAAGCAAACAAGGAUAAGGUGGUGGUCAUCAACCCAAGAUUCAUCAAGUACGUCUACGAGUCCUGGCUUGAGGGACACGGGCGUUACCCAUCCACCGGCUUCCUGACCUUGAUGUUUGCCCUCCACAUAUGUGACGAGGUCAAUGUGUUUGGAUUUGGAGCCGAUCAGCAUGGAAACUGGCAUCACUACUGGGAGCACAACCACCUGGCCGGAGCUUUCCGUCACACCGGGGUCCACGAUGGAGAUCAUGAAUACAAUAUCACCGUAACGUUAGCAGACAAGCACAAAGUCCAGCUGUUUGGCGGUAGAUAGUACCAACCGCAUGGGGACUUUUCCAGAUUUGCCACUGUCUGCCUUGAGCAGAAUAUUUUAUUCCCAUAUUUCUAUUUGGGCUUUUACUGUCUGUUCUGUUUGUUUAUUCAACCUGCAGGUUAAAAAUAAUUUUAUUUUCAAGCCAGUAAACUUUUUGGUUCAGUUCAACCACAAAGAAGCAGUUGCUUUCCCUUCUCUGAUACAGAGGGAGGGUGUGUGAGAGGUCUGUGCACAAGCGCGGGGCACUACAUCCUUCAGAGGGACAGAUACUCCAACAUGCAUCAUGUCAGAGCAUCAGCGUUUGAGCAUAAAAAGCCACUUGUCAGGGGUUCUGGCUUUACACUUGUCUGCUUCCAGAUAAAGGCAAAAGUGAGCCAGAUCGGAAGUCAUGCGGCAGAGUUUAAAGCAGACAAACUUUUAUCCACUCCUUUAUUGUUGGGGUCACAAGGGUCGUUGGAGUUUACCUGCACUGGAGGCAGCAUACAGGUGGUCAGUCCACACACUCAUCGUCACUGGUGAUGAAGGACCCAAUAUGCAGACAACCAGGCUUCAACAUUUAAUUCAAUUUAGACAAAAAACACAAGGAGAAACAAAAAGAUGCAGAAAAGCAGAUGACCUGACAAUGAUGAACUGCAAACCAGACACUGAGAAUCAUUAACACAGAUCAAGACAGCUGUGGAGAAUUGGCAACCUAAACCUGGUGUGACUGACAGAGGGAAAGCAGCAAAGAGAACGUGACCAUAAGCCAAUUUAGAGUGCACCAUCCUUACACUCACAACAAGAUCUAACUCCCAAACCGACCUGUUUGACACAUUUUGUAGUGUGGGAGGAAGCUAAAGAAAGCCCACGUCUGCUCAGGAAGAACAUGCACACUCCGCACAGACAGGACUCGGUCAGGAUGUGAACCAGGACUUGGUUUCUGUGAGGGCACUGGGAUGUUUUCUGCAUUUCUGUUGUUGCAUCUGUUUGCAGUCUCCUGCCCUUUGGUUUUUAUUUUCUGUGGGCUGUCCAAAGCUAAAACCCUGACCUCAAAAAGACAGAAGCAUUAGAAACAGACUCCGAAUCAGGGGUUCUGCUGCACUUUUACUGUUAGAAAGUUAUGUUGAAAAAAAACAAAUGAUUCUUUAGAAAACACUGAAGGCACCAGACUAAUAUCAGCUGAAGCAACAAUUUCAUAAUUAAGAGAAAAACAUGGUUUAGCUGAGAAAUGUAGAGUUCUAGGAUUGGUCAAAUGUGGAUUAUGUAGAGGUUUUUAAAUAUUCCUGUGGCUGAAGAACGCAUUUAUUUUCUUCAGGCAGAUGCAGUUCGUCUCUACGUUUCUGUAUUUCAGUGCCUUAAAAGACGAUAGUUUUCUGUCCAGAAUCGGGUCAGGGCCACACACAUUCAAUUUGAAGGUCUGUGAUGAGGCUCCUCCAAAGCAUUGAAAUAAUCAAAAAGUUUCCUGUGGUUUUUCAGAAGGAAAAACUCCUGAAAAUUCAUCAGAAAGGAAAUCGUCAACCCACACGAUGAUGAAUGACAUGAAAAACUUCACGGAAAACUUUGUGAAUGUUGGAUCAACAGAUGAAAACGUUUCCUGUAGAAACAUAGACGAGUGCUGCGGUCAUUACUGAGGUCCGAGCCGCUCAGACUGGGACCUGCAAAUGAGACUUCUUUCCCAAGUCUGUGCAGUUACCCCCCCACAGCAUGAUGCUGCCGUCACCGUGCAGCACUGUUUAGAAGGUGUUCUGCUCUGAAUCAUCCUUUCAGACAUUCUUCUUUUGUUCAUUUUCUCUCGAUGAAACCCUUCAUGGAAACAUCUUGGAUUGAUAUAAAUUCAGCUCCUUUUUUCCAUCAAGCAUCCAGGUCGUGCUGCCCUCUACCUUUGAAAACACCAGAUCCAAUAUAUUUCUAAGAGGCCUAUAAGGAGUCCUGGAUAUGUUUCUGUCAUCCCUGACUGUCCCCUGCAGAAGUUCCUCUCAGUUUGAAGAUUUUCCCUCCUUCAUCCUGGUGCUUUCUCAGCGACCCUGAAGUGCUGCGGACUCUGGGUCCUUUACCAGAGUCUGCAUUUACAGAUUUAGCCCAGGACACUUCAACUGCUCACAGAAAAGCAAUGUCAUAUCAUUUGGAAGGUCAUGUUUUAUCUACAUAUGUUGACAUGCAACAUGUGCAUAUUUUUUGGUCUUUUUAGGGGUUUUUCAAUUCUCACUUCACAGAAUGGAGAUGUUUUCUCUGUCCUAUCAGAUCAGAUUUAAUACUUCUUCGUGUCAUUAGAGCAAACUGUCCUCCUGAACUUGAGCUUUCUCUGAUCUUAAGGUGUGGUUGAAUGAUUGACUGCAGUGGAAGAACGUGAUGCAUGUAAGUUAGUACUUUUACAGCCUAUGCUGGAUGCCUUAUCACUAAAACCAAUGAGAUAUUGUACGUUUUAUAUGUACAUUGUGGCAAACAUUGUAGUGCCUUUAAUGUGACUUUUUUAAAACUUUAUUUUUCCAUAAAAUUUUACUGUAAAAGCGUUAUUUUAUAGUUCUGAGAGGGGUUUCUGUAAUCCUGAUACUUUCAUUUUUCCUUCUAAGAUUUUAACAUUCAUCAAUGUCCUUCUGUGAUUCUCCAAUGAAAAUGGUACAUUUUUGUAACUGCAUGGACUCUUAAAAACUCUGAUGGAAA